GUCUAGUUCCUUUCACAUAAAAACCUGAGCCUUUUUCUUCCUUUUCUCCUCAUUUCUCUCUCUCUUUACUAGUUUAAACAUUCAGCACAGGAGCAAUACUCCAUUUCCAUCAGAUUGGUAACUACAAAAAAAAAAAAAAAAAAUAAUCGACCAAAUUAAAUUUGGUAUGUGGGUAGAAGAAAUAGAAAAGAGAAUAUGACAUGGUGCAAUCAAUCCAAGGGUGAAAUAGCCCUUCCAGUAAUAUCAUCAUUAGAGGAAAAUAAUGUUAUGAUGAUCGACUCAAGAACUAGACUCAUAACUUGUCCUUCAUGUGGACAUACCAUACAGCUUCAACAUCAGAGGGAUAUACUACAUGAUUUGCCUGGUCUACCAGCUGGAGUGAAGUUUGAUCCAUCAGAUGGAGAGAUUCUUGAACAUUUAGAAGCAAAAAUUCUUUCAGACACACAUAAAAUCCAUCCCCUUAUUGAUGAUUUCAUUUUGACCAUUGAUGGACAAAAUGGUAUUUGCUACACUCAUCCACAGAAAUUACCAGGAGUGAGCAAAGAUGGUCAAGUGCGUCACUUCUUUCACCGUCCAUCAAAGGCAUACACAACAGGGACUCGAAAACGUCGAAAGGUAGACACUGAAAUUGAUGGUGGUGAAACAAGAUGGCACAAAACAGGCAAAACAAGGCCAGUUUACAUGGGUGGUGUUGUCAAAGGUUACAAGAAAAUUUUGGUACUUUACACAAAUUAUGGUAGGCAAAGAAAGCCUGAGAAGACAAAUUGGGUAAUGCACCAAUAUCACUUAGGUGAAAAUGAGGAAGAAAAAGAUGGAGAAUUAGUUGUUUCAAAAGUUUUCUACCAAACACAACCUAGACAAUGUGGAUCAUUAAACAUUAAAAAACCACUUGUUGACCAUCAUAACCCUAUCAUGAAAACAACUAACUUCGUGGAUUAUUAUAAUCCUAAUCCUUUCAUUUCAUACAAUGUUGAGAGCCAAAGCUCACCUCAGAUAAUCCAAAAUUUGGUUGUUCAUGGUGAUAGCUCACCCUUUGUUAUACCUUCAGAAGCAAACAAAGAGAAAUGAGAAACUAGGAAGUAAAAACCAAGUUAUUAGUACUAUUCAGAUUUUUAAAAAGAAAAAUGGAAAGAAAUGUUGAGUUGUUGUUGUUGUAGUUUGUAAUACUAGUCAAAUAAGUUAAAAAGAUUGAGAUACUGAUGGGGAUGGAAGAAUAAAUUAGUGUUUAUUUAACUGAUCAUGAGAAAUCUUUUUUUUUUUUUGUAAUGCGUAAUCAUCGGUAUUGUUUGUUUAAUUAGGGUUUUUUUCCUUUAUUUGUUCUUAAAGUUAGACAACAUACAGUGUAAUUCAUUAUUCGCUUUCUUUCUAAUUUUUUUUUAAGAGCUGUGUAUUUAAGAAGAGAUGUAAAGGUCAACAAUUACGUCUUCAGCUUAAUUUGAAUUUUCUUUAUAUUCAUAUAACAUGUAUUUUUCUUGGUA